GGCAGCAAGACAUCUGCACCUCCAGAAAAGAAAUUAGGUGAAGACCAAAAAGUCAACGCUUGCUAGCAGAGAAGACUUGAAGUUGAAUAAAAACAUCCGUAGGCCAGCAGAUCUGAAGUAUCAUUACAGAGUAAUCAAAGAGAAUUUUGCAGAUUCCAAGUCCCGUACGGAUCGAAAAAUGAUGCUAUCUGAACCUAUCAAGGAGUCCAUGCUGCCAGACCAAACAUGUCAACGUCUUACACUUGCACAGGUUCAAUUGGCAACCAACAACUUCGAUCAGGCAUUAGUCAUCGGCGGUGGGGGGUUCGGCAAGGUCUAUAAAUCUCUAAGCAACUUCGGGUCAUCAAUAAACGAAGUUGCUAUUAAGCGGUUGAAUUCUUCAUCUAGCCAAGGAGUGAAUGAAUUUGAGGCCGAAGUUAAGAUCCUUUCUAAACUGCGGCAUGGUAAUUUGGUUCCGCUGAUUGGUUAUUGUAGUGAAGGAAAAGAGAUGGUCUUAGCUUAUGAGUUUAUGCCCAAUGGGACCCUUGAAAAACAUCUCAAGAGACGUGAUACAGAGUUAUCGUGGUUACAACGACUAAAAAUAUGUAUAGGCGCUGCUCGUGGAUUAGACUACCUUCACACGGGUACGUCAACUCAACACGGAGUGAUACACCGAGAUGUGAAGACUUCCAAUAUUUUGUUGGAUCCUAACUUUGAUGCUAAAAUUAGUGACUUUGGAUUGGCGAAAGUGGGCGCAAUAAAUCAGACACAAACUCAUGUGAGCACUUUAGUUAAAGGGACAUUUGGAUAUAUGGAUCCAUGCUACUUCUGUAGCGGAAAAUUGACAAGAAAAUCUGAUGUUUAUGCCUUUGGGGUUGUCCUUUUUGAGGUGUUAUCUGGGAAGCAAGCCGUAGAUCCAACACUUGAUGAAGAUCAAUGGAGUUUGGCAGUAUGGGCUCAAGACCACUUCAAAGCUGGAAAACUCAAUGAUAUUAUUAACCAUAAACUGAUUGGACAAGUCUCAAAAAGAGGCUUGAAGGAAUUUGCAAGCAUAGCGGUCCAAUGCUUACAUAUUCAACCAAAACGACGGCCUACAAUGGCGGAGGUUGUAGUCAAACUUGAGUCUAUUCUGACAGAAGAAAGAGUAAUCCUUGAUUCUGGUGUAGAAGACGAUGGGAACUUCUUUGACAAGGUAAGAUAUUUUUUCAUAGGCAAAGCUGACCUGAUUCCGGCUCAUGCGGAUGGAAGCAAAUCUAAAAUCAGUGCUCAGCAUAUUCGAAAAACCAAUAAUCAAAGUUUAAGAGCUUUCACGUAUGCUGAACUGGUAAGAGCAACAAAUAAUUUCAAAGACGAGUUCUCAAUAUGUUCACAUGAACCCAUUUACAAAGGUUGGGUCGAUGAAUUGACAUAUGCCCCGGCAGAUGCUGGUGUUGGUUUGGCUAUGUAUGUUGUGACAAGGGAUAUUGGAACAUCUAAGCUGGAUCUCAAAUCUGAAGAAUUUAAUCAUCCCAACCUUGUCAAACUCUUAGGAUAUUACUUAAAUGGGCAUGAACUUUCUUGUGUUUAUGAGCUAAAUCCGAGCUUAGAUAAACUUCUAUUUGAAGAGCCAGGUACAACUUCACUUUCUUGGGCUGCAAGGCUGAAAAUAGCAGUAGGAGCAGCUAAUGGCCUUUCUUUCUUGCAUAAGAAGGGACAUCCCGCAUAUAGCCAAUUUAAGACCACUUGUAUAACGGUGGAUGCGGACUAUAAUGCUCGACUUUGGGAUUUUGAUGUGGAAAACCUAUUUUUGGCUCUUGAUUCAUACUCGUUCAAAAUGGAUGCACAUUAUUCCGCACCUGAGUGGUUUCGUUACCAAGCAGACGUAAUAUUGGAGGAUAUUAACAUUGAACCUCAUGGCAAACCGGGUUUUGGAGUGGAGUGUGAGAUCUAUUCUUUUGGAGUGGUACUGCUGGAAAUCCUAACAGGAAUGAAGGUGUUUGACAGGAACAGACCACAAGGAAAGCAAAAUUUGGUAAAAUGGGCUACUCCAUUACUAGCACAUGAGGCAAAUUUGGGAAUGAUUAUGGACCCACAGCUUCUGGAUAGUUGUAAUGAUCCUCCAAAGGGAGCAUUCAUGUUGGCUCAACUUAUUACAAAUUGUCUGCAACCAGUAAAAGAUAAACGCCCAUUGAUGGAGAACAUAUUGCAAGUCUUGCGCCAGUGCUAUCAAGAAACAAUAUGACUCCUAGAAAGCAAACAAAAUAGAUCAUUUCAUCAAGUGUGUAUUUGGUUGUAACUUUUUUAUAAGAUAACUUUCUUGUGUAUUGAAAAGUAAAACAAAGCUAAUCUUGAAAUUGCUUCUUGAUUUUCAUCACAGAGAAGACUAUUAGACACAUCAAUGGAGGUUUAUGUACUUUCUUGAAGUGUAAUGAGUUCCAAGGCAAUUUUCUACCUUAAAAAUGAUGGUUGAGACCUUGUUGAGCUUCUCCCACAGAUACUUCGGGUGCAUGUGAUAUCAAUUCUUCUUUUUACGGGUAUGCUUUUUAUUGGAAUCGAAAUUCAUCCGCACAUUGGAAUAGAGUAUUAUAUUGGUAUCGAAAUUCAUUUCUGUAGUUUUUGAUCCAUGUAAAAUACGUAACUACAUAAUUUUUUUGGGGUAUAUCACCAUCUUUUCUUUUUAAUUU